ACAGUCAAGCAUGAAGAAAUCGAUAGUUUCUCUUCCAUUCGCAACAUUUCUUACUGUGUGUGUGUCUUGAGUUAAACAUAGGAGAAUAAGUAAACGUACAAGUAUCACAAUGUUCUGUGGCGAAUUGGAGAUAGAAAAUACUUGAAAAUUUUUACCUGCAAAUGUUAAGAAAUGGAUGGAAAAGUGAUACUUCUAUUAGUGGUUACUUGCAUUUCUACUAUAUCAUCCGUAGACCUAAAAAACCGAAAGUUGGAAGGAGUUAUAAAAUACCAUAAGGCAAUUCCAGACCCUUUACCAAAAGGGUCUUGUUUGAUUGUAAAACUUUCAGUGUACAAAAAUGAUAAAGCAGAAUCUAAAAUGGUAACAAAACAUGUAAUAUAUAAUCCUGAAAGAAAUUCACCAGCAAAGUAUUCAAUGGAAUUCCCUGACACAGACAUUUCGGAGGAUGAUUUAUAUAAUUUAGUGGUAUCUGCAAUAUUAAAUGUGGGAUGGUGUUCAGACGAUAAAAAAACAAUUGAUUCUAAAGUCGUCAAAGAUGCUGAUUACCAUACUAUCACUUUAAUUGGUGUAUUACCAGACAAAAUUAUUCCAACAUCUGACAUUGUUAUUGAGGGGCCAGAGAUCGCGUUAGAACCAGUCUCAUUCACAAAUCCAAAAGCCCUGAAAAAUGCUCAUUUGAAGGUGUUAUCAUUAUUUAAAAGUACAAAGAGUCCCUUAAUUAUUCACGACUUUGUCAUCAACACAACAAGGAGAACAACAACAAGAAAGAUAAAAAUAAACACAACAAAGACACCAAAUACAACAACAAGAGCAACAACAACAACAACAACAACAACAACCAAACCAAUUGUAGGAGUAACAACAACAACACCUUUUAAGCCAACAGGCAGUAUAACCUUACCUAAGUUGACCACUCGUUUGACAAUUACAUGUCCAAAGCCAUGUGCAGACGAGUGUUAUUUUGCGGGAUGUGCAGCAGCUUGUUGCUAUGCAAUGGCAUUAAGUUUACAACCCGGACAGCAGCAGCAACAACACCAGCAACAGAGUCCUUCAUGCACAGGUACUGCAUGUGCAAGUCCUCCAUCCUACCAAAUGCCAUGCAGCGGUCAAAAUUGUCAACAAAAUGAAAACCAACCGAAUCAAAUGACAGGACUAGUUACUUUAGAAUCUUCUUCCUACCCUUGUACUGGAAGCGACUGCCCGCAGAUGAUUAAUAAGGGGCAACCAUGCUCUGGACUGAGUUGUUCCACCCAAACACAAUGUACGGGUCAAAAUUGCCCUCAACAAUCGUCUUUUCAACCAUUACCACAAAGUUAUCCAUCAUGGAGAACUUGUCAGCCUUCGUGCUACUCCAACUGCGCUCCAUACUGUCUACGACAAUGUUGUAGUUCGUCGUACCAAGGCUAUGGUAAGAAAUAAAUAUGACGCGGACGCGUUUGGACAAGUUGUAAUGAAGAAUGCUUUAGUUUUUUAGAACGUUAGAAAUAACAACAAAUACGUACAGUUUGCUAGAUAAUAUCAAUGGAGGUUCAUCAAAAAAGCAGAAUCUCCGAAGAAGACAGAAGCGAUAUAAACAAUCCAAUAAUAUUUGCUAAUUGAACUGAUGCUAAAAAAUAAUAUUUUUUAAAACAAUACCAUUUUUUAAAAUGACUUUAUAAUGAUCUUAUAACGGGGAUAAGGUAAGUUAAGAGAAAUAAACUGAAAUCUCUGAACAUUAUUGGGCUAGGGUGAGCUGAAAAGAGAGAACAGAUCUUAACAAUAUACUUAGUUACGAUAACAAGAAAAUACGGUAUAUGGCAAUGCAAUUAUAACUAUGUUGUCGCAGUUGUCGCUGAUGGUUAAUACUAUAAUUAUUAAAGUUUGAAUGAUGAAAAUUUUUGUGAAGAACGACAAAUAACUGGAGACGAAUUGUGAAAGAUUUAUUGUUAACUAAUCUUAUGGUUACUUUUAUAUGACUACAGAAAUGCAUCGGUUAAACGCCCGGGCGUUCAUUUAAUUUGGGGGUUAGGUCUGUUACAACAUGGAUGAACAUUUAAAACUAAAUAAUAGUAUUUAUUACCUCUCCAACAACGCAACAACGCAAAAAAUUGUAUUUUCUAUGACUUUAUUCCCUCACGGACAAGUUUUUCCCUACCAUUCCCUACUCAACAACAAGACACGAAUGUGAUUUUAAAUUUAAAAUAAGUUCAUCCAAUCAUGUCCCACUUGUCACAAACUAUCCGAUGCUCUAACUG